AUGCCACGCCCUCGGCAUAAUACAACUGCCUUGCCGCGGCAUCUUCGGUCUGAGCUAGGAAUUCGCGAUACCUAUGGCGACAAGAAGCGCCGUCAGAACGGACCUGCUUCGCGCAAAGAACGCCGCCAAAAUGAGCGUACCGAGAAGAAAUCACGACAUGCAGCGCCACCACCCAAGAGGAACUUCCAGCAGCAUCAGCAUCAAUCUAGAGUUGCCAGAACUAAGGGACAGGAGGACGACUCGGACGACAUGGACAUCGAUGAGAGACCACCGCAGAAGAAGUCAAAAUCUAUAAAAGAGACCGCUGAGAAACCGAAGUCGAUCUUGAAGAAAGCGCCAGCUCAAUCCGAAUCUGAGCGCGAGUCCGGAUCUGAGCUCGAGUCAGAAAUCGAUCUCAACGAGGACGACGACGAAGACGAAGACGAAGACACCGAGGACGAUGAAGAGGAUGACGAUGAAGACGAAGACGAAGACGAAUCAGACGAAGAGAUCUACGAUGACCAACCCAAAGCGGACGAACCUCAUAUCUCAGGGUCUGUGAAGUCUAAAUUGGCACAAGACGAUGCAGAGAUCGCCGCGUUGGAGAAAAAGCUUGGCCUCAAGAAAGGCAACAAACUGCCAAAGGCCUUUGAAGAUGAUGGGCUGGACGAUCUACUGGGAGACUUGGGCGGUGGUGGAGCCGAUGCCUCAGAAGAUGAAAGUCGCAAGCGCAAGCGAGAAGCAGACGACUGGCUUGAAGCUAAGAGACAGAAGGCUAGAGCCCAGCAAGCACAGGCUCCGAAACAGGACGACAGUGAAAUGGACAGCGACGAAGAUGUGGAUCUUGAUGAGCAGAUUUUUGGAAGCGACGACGACGAAGCCGCUGAUGACAGUGACUUUGACGGGUUUGAUGAGGAGGCCAAGGCACCAAAAGUGAAGGAAAACCCAUACAUUGCCCCGGUCACAAAGACAGAGCCCACUGCUCAGAAAUACAUUCCACCCUCAUUAAGAGGUCGCCAGGACCCAGAAAGUGAGAGCCUUACUAGGCUCAAACGCCAGGCUCAGGGCCAGCUGAACAAGUUGUCUGAAGCUAAUAUGCUCUCGAUUGUUGCGGAGUUUGAAAAGCUAUACCGUGACUACCCUCGACAGCACGUUACAUCUACCCUCAUCAACUUGUUAAUGGGUCUCAUCUGCGAAAGAGCCGCUCUGAACGACACCUUCCUCAUUCUGCACGCUGGAUUCAUCUCAGCAUUGUACAAGCUGUUGGGAAUGGAUUUCGGUGCAGAAAUUGUACAAACCGUUGUUGAAACUUUGGAUGCCGGUGGAGACGAACGUGGAAAGUUCGAAGGAAAAGAGAUCCUCAAUUUGGUGUCUCUCCUCUCGCAGCUGUACAACUUCCAUGUCAUUGGCAGCUCGUUGAUGUUCGAUUACGUCCGUUUGUUCGUGCAAGAAAUCAACGAAGCCAACACCGAGCUACUCCUCAAGGUCAUUCGGAACUCCGGCCCCCAGCUCCGCCUUGAUGACCCCUCCGCGCUGAAGGACAUUGUACUCCUCAUUCAGCCCGCGGUAGCUAAUGUCGGGGAGGCAUCUCUUUCCGUCCGAACCAAAUUCAUGAUCGACACAAUCACAGACCUGAAAAACAACCGCUCAAAGUCCGCAGCAGCGGCUGGAGCCGGCAUCACUACCGAACACAUCACUAAAAUGCGUAAGAUUCUGGGCUCCUUGAACAACUCCCGUGUCAUCCGUGCAUCCGAGCCCAUCAACAUCUCUCGUGACGACAUUCACAACUCUUCCAAGAAGGGUAAAUGGUGGUUGGUCGGUGCAAGCUGGAAGGAAGAUCCUCUUGUUGCCGCCCAGCGUGAAAUGGCGAGUGAUCCAACCCAACAAGCACCGGUUCAGGAUGAUGAAAGCGAUGCUGAACCCGAUUUUGGAGACCUUGCCAAGGCCCACCGCAUGAACACCGACGUCCGUCGCUCAAUCUUCGUUGCUAUCAUGUCUGCCAAUGACUUCCAGGAUGCGCAUGUCCGGCUCAUGAAGUUGCGUUUGAAGCGUGCUCAAGAAUUCGAGAUCCCCCGUGUUCUUCUUCACUGUGCCAUGGAGGAGCAAGCUCAUAACCCAUACUACUCUCUCAUCGCACGCCGCAUUUGCGGUGACAUGGGUCGUCGCAUCAAGAUGUCCUUCAUGUUUGCUCUUUGGAACAUUUUCAAGAAGAUGGGUGAGCGUGGCGACAUGGAUGAGGAGGAGGACGUGGACCCCGAUGACCCAGAAAACGGUGUCAGCAUGAAAUCUGUGGUCAACCUUGCGAAGAUGUUCAGCUAUCUGAUUGCGGAUGGUAGCUUGACACUGGGCAUUCUAAAGAACCUCAACUUCGCAUACCUGCAGCCUAAGACGAAAACAUUUGUGGAGGUUUUGAUUAUCACUAUCAUCCAACAGUCCCAGAAGUCAAAGAAGAAGAAGUCCAAGAAGUCGAAGGUGGAAGAGCCCAAGGAUGAAGAAGCACUGAUGCAAAUCUUCUUGCGCGUCAAAGAAACUCCCCAGAUCGCCAAGGGUCUGAUCUACUUCGUGCGCAAGGUUGUCGCCAAGAGUGACAUUGUUUCCGACGAUGAUCAAAAGUUGGUCCGGUGGGGUUGCAAUGUCGCCGCGGAUGCCCUCAAAGCUGUGUCGGACUAG